GCCGCCCGUUGAAGAUGGCGGCGGAGCUGCAUCCGCGGAGCGGAAAGCUUAUCGGCCUGUCCAACUCGAACCGAACCGCCCGGCGCAACCAGCCAGUCCAAGAGUUCAACCAUGGACUGGUACUUAGUAAGGAGCCGCUGAGGGACCGGGAUGUCUUCACCGUCCGCAUUGACAAGAAGGUGAACUCGUGGAGCGGCUCCAUUGAGAUUGGCGUGACUGCUCUGGACCCUGCUGCUCUGGACUUCCCCAGCAGUGCCACAGGCCUGAAGGGGGGCUCCUGGAUUGUGUCGGGCUGCUCGGUGCUGCGUGAUGGCCGAUCGGUGCUGGAGGAGUACGGCCGCGACCUUGACCAGCUAGCGGAGGGCGACCGCGUGGGCAUUCAGCGCAGCUCCCGUGGCGAGCUCCACCUCUGGGUUAACGGGCAGGACUGCGGCGCGGCCGCCAGUGGCCUGCCGCCCAAGCUGUGGGCAGUAGUGGACCUGUACGGCAAGUGCACUCAAGUGACAGUGGUGAGCUGUGAGCCACCGCCACCCUCUGCAGAGAGGGAGAGAGAGACAAUAGAGCAGGACAAGGAAGCUGCUGAUGAGGAGGAGGAGGAGGAGGAAGAGGAGGAGGAGGAGGAGGAGGAGGAAGAGGUGUUGGUGUGUGUUGGUCGGGAAGAUACAGGGAUUACAGCACUGAUGAAUGUGGCAGCAAUGAAUGGAAUGAUCAAUGGAGAUGAAGUGCCUGAGCUCAGCUGCAGUCACAGCAGACCAGACAAGUUCCCCAACAAUCUGGAGCCCGACACAGUUCUGACAGAGCACCAGCUUUUCGAUGUCUUCAACAAUGCAAUAGUAUCUUUUUAUCGCUCUGAGGAUGAGGGUGGGGGGGAAGAUGGUGGCGGUGGAGGAGGAGUGGGAGGAGGCAGCGGCGGCGGUGGAGGAGGAGAAGGAGUGGGAAAUGCAGGAACUGAUUCCUCAGCCAGAAAUGGCAGAGGGAGCAGCAGCGGAGGAGGCACAGUGAACAGUGACAGUGGGACAGGUACAACAGGAGGAGGAGGUGGCGGAGAAAGUGGAAAUACCAAUAAUAGUCCUGCUAGUAAUGGAGGGCUGGGGCCAGGAGCUCCGACAGGUGGGAUGACCACCAAUGACGCGCUGCUUUUUCACGAGAAGUGCGGCACACUGAUCAAACUGAGCAACAACAACAAGACGGCGGAGCGAAGAAGACCACUGGAUGAGUUCAACAACGGCGUGGUGAUGACCAACCGGCCGCUCCGACACAACGAGAUGUUCGAGAUCCGAAUUGAUAAACUGGUCGAUAAGUGGUCAGGCUCUAUAGAGAUUGGUGUGACCACACAUAACCCCAACAACCUGGACUAUCCUGCAACUAUGACCAAUCUGCGCUCAGGUACAAUCAUGAUGAGUGGCUGUGGGAUACUGACCAACGGGAAAGGAACACGCAGGGAAUACUGUGAAUUCAGCCUUGAUGAACUUCAGGAGGGCGAUCACAUAGGGUUGAUGCGAAAAGCCAGUGGAGCGCUUCAUUUCUACAUCAAUGGGAUCGACCAAGGUGUUGCUGCAGCCCAGACGCCCGGCGUGGUCUACGGCGUGGUCGACCUUUACGGCAUGGCCGUUAAAGUCACCAUAGUCCACAACCACAACCACAGCGACCGCCUCAGACGCAAUAACGCCAUCAUGAGGGCUCUAUCGCCGGAUGUGGGUCGACCUCGACCGGCUCUCACCCUCACCCCUGACCCAGAGGGUCUCGACCGCCUCCUCUUCCACCAAAACUGUGGCCAGAAGGCCGCUAUCAUCAGUGACGGCAGGACAGCGUUGCGGCCACAUGCGACUGAUGACUUCAACCAUGGUGUGGUCCUGAGUGGCCGGCCCCUGCGCUCCAACGAGGUGUUCCAGGUUCGCAUCGACAAAAUGGUGGACAAAUGGGCGGGCUCCAUCGAAAUCGGUGUCACAACGCACAACCCUGCAUACCUGCAGCUGCCCUCCACCAUGACUAACUUACGCUCAGGGACGUGGAUGAUGACGGGAAACGGCGUGAUGCACAAUGGAACAACAAUCCUGGACGAGUACGGUCACAAUUUGGACCGACUCAAGGCAGGAGACACAGUAGGUGUGGUGAGGAAAGAAGAUGGCAGCCUUCACUUCUUUGUAAACGGUGUGCCUCAGGGUCCAGCAGCCUGGAAUGUCCCUCCCAGCGUCUACGCUGUGGUCGACCUCUAUGGGCAGGCCGCUCAGGCCACCAUCAUGGAUGACAUGGUGGACCUCCCUCCUCUCCCGGAGGACAGCUCAGAGGGACCCACGGCCAUGUCUCCUGGGAGCCCCUGCUCAGUAGGCGGGGCCACCACGACCAGCGACCUGCGCUUCCACCAGCUGCAUGGCACCAACGCUGUCAUCACCAACGGGGGGCGCACUGCCCUCCGUCAGAACUGUCGCAGCGAGUUCAACGAUGCCAUUGUCAUUUCCAACAGGUGCCUUCGAGAUGGAGAGCUGUUUGAAAUCGUCAUUCAGAAGAUGGUGGACCGCUGGUCGGGUUCAAUAGAAGCAGGAGUGACGGCCAUCAGACCAGAGGAGCUGGAGUUUCCAAACACGAUGACCGACAUCGACUACGACACUUGGAUGCUGAGUGGUACAGCUAUCAUGCAGGAUGGCAACACGAUGCGCAACAAUUACGGCUGUGACCUGGACUCUCUGACCACAGCCUCAAGGAUAGGCAUGAUGCGCUCAGCCAGUGGCGACCUGCACUAUUACAUCAAUGGUGUGGACCAGGGCGUCGCCUGCUCAGGUCUCCCUCCAGAAGUGUUUGCAGUGGUCGACCUGUAUGGUCAGUGUGUCCAGGUGUCCAUCACCAGCUCCUCGGGUCCGCUGGACAACAGCCUCUGUACCUGCAACAUCACGGAAAAGAGCUUCCCCAUCCACUCACCAGUAGCAGGCGUGGCUCAUCGGCUCCACAGUAAACACGGUAAGAACGUGGUGCUGCUCGGUGAAGACUGCCAGGCCGUCAGAGUCGGAGGUUACUCACAUGGCAUCGUGUUCAGUGCCAAGGAACUUAAAGCAGAUGAGUUGUUUGAGGUGAGGAUUGAUGAAGUGGACGAGCAGUGGAGCGGCUCGCUGCACAUCGGCGUGACCACGCUCGCACCGCUGGAGCUGCCGUCGUGCCCACUGUCGGGUCUCUCGCCCUCUCUGCCGCAUCUCCGCACCAAGGUCACCUGGCUGCUCUGCGGCUCCGAGGUGCGCCGCAAUGGCGUGCUGCAGCGCCAGAACUACGGCUGUUCACUGGACCGACUGACGGUUGGGAACCGCGUGGGUGUGAAGAGGUGCAGCGAUGACACCAUGCACAUCUUCAUUGACGGAGAAGACAUGGGACCUGCUGCUACUGCGGUGUCCAAGAAUGUGUACGCGGUGUUGGACCUGUACGGGCGUAUAACCGCUGUGUCCAUCGUCAGCUCUUCACUGAUGGAGGACAUGGAGAGCGUCAAGGAGCCGUCACUGACGUCAGAGAGCUGCAGUGAAGGAGAGGAGGACAACACUCCCGUCAGAGAGGUUGAGACAGAGCUGUGCGCACUGGUGCCCACCGUCAUGGCUUUUCUGGAAAACCACGGCAAAAAUAUCCAGCUGUCAAACCAGAACCUGACGGCAGCCAGGGUGUCGAGCUACAACCAGGGCCUGCUGGUCACCGCGCAGCCGCUCGCUCGCCAGCAGCUCUUCCAGUUUCAGAUCGACCGUCUGAAUCCGUCGUGGACGUCGUCGCUGUCGUUGGGAGUAAUAGGUCACUCCCCCGACCGGCUCAAUUUCCCCUCCACAGCGUGCUGUCUGAAACGCUCUGCCUGGCUGCUGCAGAGAGACUCUGUCUUCCACAACUCACUAAAGAUUUGUGAGAACUAUGGUCCUAAUCUGGACACUUGUCCAGAGGGGACGGUGUUGGGUCUGCUGGUGGACGCCAACAGUUGUCUCCACCUCUUUGUCAAUGGCAUGGACCAGGGUGUGGCAGCACAGGACAUCCCCUCACCCUGUUACCCCUUCAUCGACCUCUACGGCCAGUGUGAACAGGUUACAAUAGUAACAAACAAUGUGCAAGCUGUGGGCGGAGACAGUGGUGAAACCCGUUGUCAGGGCGACAUGGAGAAGGCAGACAUGGUCGAUGGAAUCAAAGAGAGCGUGUGCUGGACGCCUCCUCCAGAAGUCAACCCCAACAAGACCUGUGAAUACCAGGCACUGUGCUCUCGCUUCAAAGACCUGCUCACGCUACCUGAUGGCUACUUCAGCGAAGACGCCAAGAACAACCUGUGCUACUGUGAGUCCUGCCACAAACUCCGAGGGGACGAGGCGUAUUACAAGAAGGGCGAGCCGCCCCGGGACUACGCGCUGCCUUUUGGAUGGUGCCGUUUCGCCCUCAGGAUCAAACCUCAAUGCGAGGUCUCUAAUGCACUGAAGAAGUGGCACAUCGCAUACCACGGCACAAGCGUAGGAGCUCUGCGACGCACACUAGACCACAGUCAGCUGCUGCCCGGGAUGUCGUCCAUCUUCUCUGUGUCUCCGAUGAAGGCGGAGGGGCCAAACGGCUACAGCGAGCCAGAAGAGAACAGCGCCCCCGGCAGAGAGGUUCCCAGAGUGCGGCUCUCCCCCACCAUGCGCUACUCUGGCUUGGAGAUCUUUGCUCCCAAAGUGCAAUUUCAGGAUCCCCGCUCUCACCGCUGCCACCAGGCUCAGGUAGGGUUCCAAGUGUGCGUGCGUCCAGGCUCCUACAAGGUCGGACCCCAGACUCUCAGCCACAGCGAGCCACUGGACCCGCGCUUCAGCAACUCAGAGAUCGAGUGGAUCACGAAGGAGCAGGGCGGCACACUCCUCUAUGGACUGCUGGUCCGGGUGGAGUGAACGUAGCAGCAGCAGCAGCAGCAGCGAGGGAGGCACUCGGGCGGGAGGUGAGGAACGUCCAUGUCCAUGUGACGCUCCUCUGACUUUUCAUAAAACUGACAACUAAAAAUCCAACCCCUGCCUUGAGCAAGAGACUCCUCUGGAAUCCAGCUGUUCCUGUUGUGGAUUGUUGACAAUUCAGCAUUAUUGAUUUUUUUUGUUUUGUUUUGUUUUUGUUUAUUUUUAUUGGUUUUUGGUUGUUUGCUUUCGGAUGCCUUCAGUGGUCGGGGGCUACGGUGGUUUAAAAGAAGAACAGACACUGCCUGCACUUUAUGUUUCGGACACUUGUGGGCGAUUUAAAAAAAAAACAAACAAAAAAAAACCUCAUCGACACAACAGGUUUGUUCUUUCCUCCUCCCAGCAUCUUUCCUUUUUUCUUCCACCCUCAAAAACAGCUAGUUUUUCCCUUUUAUGUGUUUGGCACUUACUUCAUCGCUCUGGUCAGUGUUUGACUGUAGGAGCUGCCCCGCCCCCGCCGCCAACCUGCACGUCAACAGACUGUCACCUCAAAAGAAAUGUGGGUUAAAAAUAAUAAUUAAAAAAAAUAUAUAAAUAAUGUUUACACAUGUACCACUGUACAUUACUGUCCUUGUGUGGCCACAUUUACAGUCUGCCUAAGUUAUUAUUAUUAUUAUCAGUCCUGUUAACAUUUCUUUUUUACUAAAGAACAAUCACGCUGGAGAAAACUGGAACGUUUGACUUCUGUGGAAAAACGAAGAAUUUUGAAAGAUAAUGAAUGGAAAUGAUAGCUUUUGUGCUCCCAAUAUAUUUAAGUGAACUUUUGUAACAUUUUGGAAAAUAAGAGCUUGUGAUGAAGAGUAAACCACUCCCAGUGUGUGUGUGUGUGUAGUAAACAUGAAGCCACAACCAAUCAGAAAAGCUUUAGACACCGUGCUCUGCUAUUUUCUCAUGGUGAAAAAGUUUAAAGGUCCAGUGCGUAACUCUAAAGGAAGAAUAAUUGGCAGAAAUUCAACGACACUACUCAUAAUUGUAUAAUCAAAGUCUUUUGGUUUUUGUAGCAUUGGAAUAAGCCUUGUUUUAAGGGGCAUUCAUUUUGUGCUUCUACAACAGCCUGACGAGUUUUGCACAUUUUGAAGUGGGGGAAAACUCCACUGUCGUUUCCUAAAGCACUGGGUAGAAGAAGUGGCGAGUCACUCUGCAGUCUCACCAGUAGAGGUCACUAAUUCUUACACACUGGACCUUUAAAGGACGUAAAGUUGACAAACCAACUGCAGUGUCUUCAUCUUUGAAGUCUUUUCACCUGUAAAACCAAAAAAAACAACAAAGUCUCACAUUUGUGUUGCUCAUCAAAAACGUUGAACUUCACAAGCUAAAAAAAAAAAAAAAAAAUCGUUGCCACAACAAUCACCUGUACUGUUUUUAUGCAUGUUUUUGCAAAAAUAAAAAACAUGAUAUUGUUAGUUCAGUAAUAGACAUCUCCUGACUGUAGCUUCAUGUUAGCUCACACACACACACGAGUGGUGCCACUUAAUUUCCAAAAUGUCUCUUACUUCUAAAAAGGUGGUAAAAUGGACAGAAGCCAAAAAAAGAAAAAGGGUGUAUAGUGGUUUUCCCACGUCCCUCCCUUCCUCCCUCCCUCCCUCCGUCCCCUCCAUCAUUAUCACGUCUGUUUACACAGAGGAGCAUCAACAUGUGAAGAGUAAAAGUCGCCUGAUCAACACGACCUACACUGGUGUUUACACGUGAAUGUGAAACGAUGACAUCACCUUACAUCAUGGAUUUACAUUUACAAGUGUUUAUACGAGGAUUUCAUUGGAUCCUGAACAUCCACCUAGCAACUGAUUGUAUGUGAACAGCUUUCCAAAGCAUUCAUUUUCAUAGUUUUCAGUCUCGUUGCCAAUUUGUAACAAACACGCCGCAGUACGUGAAACCCCGAUAUUGUGGUUUUGUUUGUUUGUUUUAAAGACAAAAAGUCACAGUUUUGACACGUCAAACUCUAGAACAACAGAAAAGCUCAGACACCUUCGACGAGCAGCUGCGAUCUGACCGACGGAAGAUAAACUGGGUUGUACGAAGGAAAAACUUCCUGUCAAAAAUGUGAAAAAUAUUAUUUUAUGGGUUAUUUACAGCCCAGUGCUGCUUUGUACAAUUUAAUUUGUAUCGUUUCCUCUUCUUUUUUGUUUGUUUUUCCGUAUGUUACAUUGUACAGGCUGUUACAUAACAAAUCAUAUCGUGAUUUUUAAAAAAUGAAAAUAAACUGACAGACAGUAUGCACAGA